GGCGGCUUUAUCUAGUGAAGGCCUCUUCCUCGUUCUUCUCUUCACUUCCUUCCCUUCUGCUCUGUCUGUCCGACCGCAACAAAAUCUCCCCUUCCCUUCAGACGACAAGAACAAGACGGUGCAACACGUCUUCCCUCUUUCCUUCACACAAUUUCCACCGACCCUUUACCCCUCUUCCUCUCUAUUUCUGUUUCUCCUGAACAGAACAGAGAUGGGGAGCAGCUCCCUUUAGCUGUUCAGCCGAAAUUAUUGUAAGGAGAUGAGAUGAACAUAGCUAGCAGCCGCAGCACAAGUGACUGAAGAUUGAUGCUUAUGGUUGAGGAUGAUAUGGAGGAGAUAAGAAUCUUCACGGUCUUCGCUGGUCUCUCCUCAGUCUCUCGAUUCCACGACGCUUAUCCCAAAAGGGCUUCAAUGGAAGGGAACUAUUGUGGGGACUGAUUUCUGCGCAGGGGAGACUUUUGGGGUUCUAUUCAAUUAGUUGAUUACUUCAUUUGUUCUGUGUGGCCAUGGAAAUCUUCCCUAAAUCAAGAAAACUCACGAUUGAAUUAAUCUGAAACAAAGGAGAAAUUUUUCCUUAGCUCUCCUCUUCAAGAAUCGUUACCACAUCGAAUGGAGAAUCACCACCCUUCCACACUCUUGUCGAUGGACUCGAGCGCCUCCUCGCAUGAUGACCUUGACCUGGAGAUGAGCCGCCAGGUUAACCUCUCGGGCCCACCAGACAUCAACCUGCCCUUGUCUGCUGAGCGGAGCCCACCUCCUCCGCUCCAGCAGCCGCAGUCCUGGAAUCCCGAUGCAGACAUCCUUGAUGUGGGCCUUGGUCCACAAAUCUACAAGCCGACGGCCGAGAGUUCCCUCAGCCUCCCCAAGGGCAGUGGCAGCAGCGGUGCAGGGAGGAAAUGUGCCAAGCGAGUCGAUACUGUGUGGGGCGCAUGGUUCUUCUUUAGCUUCUACUUCAGGCCUGCCCUGAGUGAGAAGUCCAAGGCCAAGAUAGUGAGGGACAGCACUGGUCUUUCGGGCUUUGACAAGUCCGACCUAAAGCUUGACGUCUUCAUGGUCCAGCAUGACAUGGAGAACAUGUACAUGUGGGUCUUCAAGGAGAGGCCCGAGAACGCUCUGGGGAAGAUGCAGCUUCGGAGCUAUAUGAAUGGGCACUCCCGACAGGGUGAGCGGCCCUUCCCAUUUAGCGUGGAUAAGGGCUUCACCAGGUCCCACCGGAUGCAAAGGAAGCACUAUCGUGGACUCUCAAAUCCACAGUGCAUACAUGGGGUCGAACUUGUCCCUUCCCCAAACCUCAUGGGCCUUGACGAGGAAGACCAUAAGCGGUGGAUGGAGCUCACUGGCCGUGACUUGAAUUUCUCGAUUCCAUCUGAAGCAAGCGAUUUCAGCUCAUGGCGGACUUUACCGAGCACUGAUUUCGAGCUUGAGAGGCUCCCCCCGCCAAUAAAGAACAUCCCAAGCUUGCAAUCCAAGAAGCAGCUUAAUGGGUCGGGCCUUAACUUAUCGACUCAUCCGCCUGCCCACAGCAAUGGGGAUAGCAUGGACUUAUCGCCUGUCAGCAGCAAGAGGAGAAAAGAUUUCUUCUCUCACGGCAACGAGGAGGAUUGUUAUUUGCCCAUAAAUCCUCCGCCAUCGGAUCGGAUCAAUGACGUGGAGAUCCGCCAGCAUGUCGAGCCCCAGUGGGCGAAUGACUUUAGUGGGGUGAUGAUCAAGAACAUGUGUGGACCGGUCACGGCCGCGAAAACAAUAUACGAGGAUAAGGAUGGCUUCUUGAUUAUCAUUAGCCUGCCGUUCGUGGACCUUCAGAGGGUGAAGGUCUCAUGGAGGAAUACUAUCACACACGGGAUCAUCAAGGUGUCUUGCAUGAGCACGUCGGGCGCGCCAUUUAUUAAGAGGCGUGAUCGGACAUUCAAGCUUACAGACCCGUCCUCUGAGCACUGCCCCCCGGGGGAGUUUGUGAGGGAAAUCCCGCUGUCGACCCGGAUCCCCGAGGAUGCCAACAUCGAGGCCUACUACGAUGGACCCGGAUCCGUGCUCGAGAUAAUGGUGCCCAAGCUCCAUGUGGGGCCUGAGGAGCACGAGGUCCGAGUCUGCCUUCGUCCUCACCUUGGAGUCAAUGAUCUCAUGCUGACUUGAGUCCCGAGGAGCUGCCACAACCCAUAGGGGGCAUGGAUGAUAGAGCCAUUGCUAAUGGUGGGUGCCUCAUUUUUUCCUCCUUCGAGUUUUUUUGGUUUUUGGUCCGCUGACAUUGUAUAACAGUGUUAUUCACGGGAAAGAGAUGCUUGUCUCGAAUAUAUGGUUAUCCUGGCCUGCUUUCUUCAGUAUCUUGGAUUUAUGGGCUAGCGAUGUUUCUCUAAAGCCAAAUUGAUGUCAAGGUUAGCUUGUGAAUUGUAGUGAUUUUUCUGACAAUGAAGUUCAUUUGAUUCCCAAGCAUAUACUGUUGUUGGAGUUCUGCUGGAACAUGUCAUAGUUGGUGGCCCAUAAAUGUACAUUACAAUUAUUAUUGUAUGAUAAUUCACAAGUGGUUUUUCAUUUUAAUU